CCAGCGUUGACUGUUGGGUUGGCUAUUUUCACUUUCGUGCUUUUAAUCAUUGAUUUAGCCACUAGUCAUGCCUUGGCUAGUAAGUUAUCCUUGUAUCCAGGGGCCCCAUUCCACUUUGAUUUGAAUCGUUUAUCGUUCUAUCCGCUUUUCCACCAAGGGUUUAUUCACUGGGUACUUAACAUUGUUGGUUUGUUUACCCCAAUGGCUAUAUUCGAAAGAUCCCAUGGGACCGUUUAUACCGGAGUCACCCUCAACCUUUUGGCAGUAACUGCAGCUUUACAAUACUGUAUUGUGGGCAGUCUUUUAUGUCCCAACACUCAUGUCAUCGGGUUAUCAGGAAUUGUCUUUUCGUUUUUCUCCUACAUUGCUUAUAAAGAACACGAAUUGAAACCGGUUAUUUUCACUUUCAAAUUAUCUGGACGUGAAUACUCGAUUCCCACUUUGUAUUCUCCGUUUGUAUUUUUGGUGGUUACCUUCAUCUUAUUGCCAAGCUCUUCCUUGUUUGGCCAUUUGGCUGGGAUUGGCUCGGGUUAUUUAUUAGGUAUGGAUAAAUUGAAAAUUUUAUAUCCUCCUUCUAAAAUCAUCUUAUUUAUAGAACAAAAACUCCAAAAACCAAUCUCCUUAUUAGACGGCAUCGUGGUUUACUACAAAGAAGAAGAUGCUAUUGCCACCAGAGGUGUUAGCUAUAACCCCCUCUUGAGUCAAGAUGUUGAAAGUGCCGUCAACUCGGACACUUUGGGAGUCCACUAUAGAGGUGAAGGCCAUGUUUUGGGUAACAACGCCUCUGCUUAAGCCUCUCCCUCCUCUCUGCUCCCUCUCUCCUUCCUCUUACCCUCGAUAGAACUUGUAUUUUAAUAUAUACUUCAGUAA